UUGCUUGUCAAAUUUGUGCAAUGCUGUGGGUGGGUUCGUCGUUCCUUCGACUGCUUGCCGCCGUCCUUCUGACCGUCCUCUCCAUCGUGUCGGCGGCAUGUGAUGACUGCGCAAUGUCUGGCGAUUGCACGCUGGCUUACAAAGAUAUCGCGCCUGGUUCAUACUGCGGACGUGUUGGCGGCGUUUACUGCUGCUGCCCGUUGACCAUGCAAUGUGCUGCCACGGUAUUCGACUGCAGGUGCCGCAAUCUGCCGUAUCCUGGUUACGCACCGCCGCAGAACCUUCCUAUGGAUCGAAACGACGGGUUGGUCGUCGCCAUCGUCAUGGGUUUGGUCGUGAGCCUAUUCGUUGGGGCGUUUUGCUGCGUGCGACACAAUUGCACUGGACGCCAGGCGCAAGCGCAGGCGAAACCAUCACACGACCAACUGCCCGCUUCGAACCAACUCCUCCCACUACCUAACAGACCAAACCGAGGCUACUCGCAUCCCGUGCUGGCUACAGCCCCGGUUGCGAGUACGUACCAACGAUACGACACAGUUCCAGCCACAUACGGAAGCGUCCUUCAGCAACAGCACAUCCAAGCAUUUGAUCCGAAUGUCCAGUCAUCUUAUCCCCAAGAACAGCCACCGUAUGCACUACCAGUCGCUCGGUUGUUGCAACCUUCGUCCAAUGACUCAACACUCCCCACAUCGCACAACCAACCCACCUACCCAGGAAACCAACCAGUGCCAGCGUACGCCGUGGCGGCGCCCUUCGCCACCCAGUCCUCCGCGCGCAACAAGCUGACCGAUCAAGAUCAAUCACAUGUUCCGUUCGAAUCCGUCUAUGAAGCGCGUCCGUACGAGUCGCCACCUCCAGCGAUUCGGUCGAUCCAUCCUCCUCCCAGUGCCCCGUCACCCCCUCGGCAAUAUCAACCUAAGAUGUAAGAAGCCGUUUCCAUAUCGCA